AAUACAAGCAGAGGCUGGGUGGGAUUUGCAGGGUGUGUGUGAAGAGAGAGAGAGAGAGAGAGAAUUUAUACACACAGAUAAAGCUAUAACUCCGAAGUGAGCAGGAGCGCAUGGGGUUGCAGUGUGCUGGGCGAAACAGGAACCCUACAAAGACUAUUCUUCCUAGGGAAGGCUUUUAGCUGCUGAAGUCUACCCCAGCUUCUUUCCUAGUCCGACUCCUUCCACAGGUUCCCGAUUGAUCCCACACACCCCCGUCCCCUUCUCUCUCUCUCUCUGUCUCAAACUUCCAAGGAUGGUAACUGAAGACUCUAGCGAUGGAGAGAGCCUGAGAUCAGAGCCGGGCUGGUGUAAAACCCCCAGUGGUCACAUCAAGCGGCCCAUGAACGCGUUCAUGGUGUGGUCACAGAUCGAGAGGCGGAAGAUCAUGGAGCAGUCGCCGGACAUGCACAACGCCGAGAUCUCCAAGCGCUUGGGCAAGCGCUGGAAAGCGCUGGCGGACACCGAGAAGAUCCCGUUCAUCAAGGAAGCCGAGCGCCUCCGGCUCAAGCACAUGGCCGACUAUCCCGAUUACAAGUACCGGCCGAGGAAGAAGGGGAAGAGCGGGGCCAUCGCCAAGAUGCUGAGCAGGAAGGUGGCUUCGGUCAAGAAGAACCUCUGCAACAAGGCGCAGAGAGGGAGCGGCGGCUCCAGGGACAAAGGCGCCUGGAAAACCAAGAGGGGGGGCCCCAGAGCCGAGACCGCUGGAGAUGACCGGCUGGAGGCACAGGAAGAUCCCAGAAGGCGGGAGACAGGGCGGCAGGGCAGCUGCUCUUCCUAUGAAGAGGAUGCCAGCGGCCAAGAUGAAGACUAUGAGUUGGGCCCGGAUCCAGAUCCCCCGGGUAAGCCCAUGGUGGAACAGAGUCCCCAGGGCCCGGGCUCCCCUGAAGAUGCUGCGCUGAGCCAUCCUCUCGGGGACCUGCGGUCAUCAUCUCCCUCCUCCACCAGAUCCCUCGCCUCCUGCUCUUCAGACGAGGAACUGGAAGAUGAGAUUCUCGACAUUAUCUCCAGCGCCAACUUUGAAAACCUGGCGCUUGGCCCCUUGGACUCACUAUCCCUGGAUAAAGAUAUGGAAAUCUUGCAUACGAACUCUGCAUCCCAUUUCGAAUUUCCAGAUUAUUGCACUCCGGAAGUUUCCGAAAUGAUUUCAGGAGAUUGGUUGGUGUCUAGUGUGUCUGACCUGGUAUUUACUUAUUGAAAUAAGGGCAUUUUUUAAACGAAAGGUUCUUUUUAAAAAUAUACCUUUUUUUCCCCCAAAAUAAACACACAGCAAAACCGAGAUUUAAACUAACGGUUUCAACUUCAAUUUUUCUAAAUUAAGUUUUCAAUCGUUGUAGCGCCCCUUUUUUAAUGGUUUUUUUUCUAAAAGUCAAAUGAUUUUAAAAUUCUCUUCCUAUCCCAAAGUAAGUAAAGCAGGUAUCUUUUUAAUUGUACAAUUUAAUUGAUGUAUCUGUUUGGCAAUAACAUUGAAAAGAGUUUGUACCGUGAUCAGGGUAUCGUAAUUUAUGCCAAACCGACGCGUUUGGGUAGCUUUUAUAAAUACAGAAACAAAACGCUGUCCUUAACUGGGGUUUGAAUAUUGAUCUGGAUUAGUCUAUAAAGGAGAUAUUUGUCCAGGGAUACAGGUUUAAUAGCAGGGUUUUACAAUUAGUGUUGUUUUUGUGUGGGAGUGGGGGGGGUAAGAAGUGUGUGGGGGGAAUUUCAAUGAACAAUAAAUAAACUGAAAUACUCAGGAUACAGCCGGGCAAGGGGGAAGAGAGAGACUGAAAUGUCAUGCGGCUCUCUCACUGACCAAGUUCAAACUGAAGUGACGGCAGCUUUUGCAAAGACUGGCGUGCACAUCUUCUUUGAACCUGAGC